AUGAGUUCCCCUCAGACUGCGCCUUAUGGCCAUUGGAAGAGUCCCUUGACCGCGGAGGGCCUGGCAACAUGUAGUAUCAUGCUAAACGAGGUGGCCGUUGAUGAAUCCACCGGUGCAAUUUACUCGGUCGAAUGCCGACCUGUUGAGGACGGCCGUUCUGCCAUCGUGCAGCAUCUCAAUGGGGAAUCCAAAGACGUCCUCCCGAAAGACCUCAGUGCGCUCGCAUCUGUGCAAGAGCUUGGAGGUGGAUCUAUCUCAAUGAGACCCGAUGGGAAGAUCUUACUCUCGGACGAAGACACUUGCAAUAUCUAUCUGUUGGACCCAACAUCAGCUCAAGCCACGCUAGUUCAACCAGCCGAGGAGGGCAUCCGCUAUGCAGACUUUUCCAGUCACCCGGCGAACCCGCGAUGGAUCAUUGCAAUCAAGGAGGAUCACCGAGAGGCAACUCCAGAAACUCAGGCAACCCACGUCCAUAAUACGCUAGUGGCAAUUGAUAUUGAGGCUGAUCCAAAGGAGUCUGCCAAAGAAGUGACGAUCGCACAGGGUGACGAUUUCUAUUCUCAUCCUAAAUUUGACCCUUCUGGGAAGUAUGUUUCCUGGAUUCAGUGGAGUCAUCCAGACAUGCCUUGGACAGGAACUGUGCUCCACAUAGCGGAGUGGAAAGAUGGUUCCUUGGAAAAUGUCACGCGUAUCGCGGGGGAAGCACAAAAAGAGAGUAUUGCUCAACCGAAAUGGGGUCUUGACGGAAAACUGUACUUUGCAAGUGACAGCACCGGUUUCUGGCAGUUGUAUUCAUACAACCCGGAAGAUGCCCGGGUACUUGCUUUGAAGUUCAAGGGAAUGGAGAAGUCAGACUUUGCAGUCGCCGAGUGGGAGCUUGGAAGCGCAACAUACACAUCGCUGGAUGAAAAGACUAUAGUCGCCACGGUGAUCACUCAUGCUACCAGUAAGGUGGUCCUGAUUGAUACUGCCACUUCAACCACUCGCGAUCUCGACCUUCCUUACGUGGAUAUUAAUACAAUUUGUCGCAUCUCGCCAACCAGCUUUGCAGUCGUUGGGUCUUCCAAAACUUCGCCCCAGGAACUGGCGCUAGUCUCGUUCAAUUCCUCAUUCGAGAUAACCCGGACAGUCCUUACUUCUACCGCAUCGUUCGAAUUGGCACCAGAAUUCGUUUCAAUUGCUACGGACUACACUGCUCCUCAAAAGCAUGGUCCACUGACUGAUGGCGAAGUGCACAUGUUUUACUUCGCCCCUCGAAACCCUGACUUCCAGGCUGAUGAAAACACCCUUCCUCCUCUCCUAACCUAUGUGCACGGAGGUCCGAAUGGUGCCGUCACUCCGGCUCUAGACCUCGAAAUCCAAUACUGGACUACCCGUGGUUUUGCUGUCUGCGCUGUCAACUACACGGGCUCCGUCGGAUUCGGCCGAGAAUAUCGCGAACGUUUGUCCGGCUAUUGGGGCCUUGUGGACGUGGGAGACGCAGUCAGCGCGGUCGAAUUCCUCGUAGAGAAGGGUUUGGUCGACAAGUCUCGGGUUGGAGUGUAUGGUGGAAGUGCCGGAGGCUACUUGACACUCCGUGCUCUCCACAUGUACCCAGAGACAUGGGCAGCGGGAAUUAGUAAUUAUGGCAUUAGUGAUGUCAAGGCUCUGCAGGCGGAUUCUUACAAAUUCGAGAGUCAAGAUGUGGACCGAUUGCUUCUCAGCAAAACCAAGCCCGAGGAUAGAGAAGCGGUACUCAAGGACCGCAGUCCAUGUUAUUUUGCAGAGCAGAUUACGGCGCCGUUGUUGCUGUUGCAAGGAACGGAGGAUAUGGUGGUUCCGAUUGCACAAGCGCGGAUGAUGGCCGAUGCUAUGCAUUCGAAGGGACGGGUGGCCGAGGUCGUUGAGUUUGAGGGUGAGGGUCACGGAUGGCAUGGACAAAAGGCUAUCUUCGAGUCUUACAGUCGAGAGGAAGAGUGGUGGAAGCGUUAUCUAGCCUGA